AUAGCCUGAACCGGCAGGGAUGGCGGACGGAAGUGCUCGCUCACUUCCGGCACCGCGCCGCGCGGGGCAUGCCGGGAGCGUCCCAGUCCGGGCUGGUCGCGGUCGUCAAGGUAACCGCGUUCUCGGCCGGCCAAACUUCUCCCGCGUACUAGGCCCUCCCCUGGAGGCGUUAAAGAGUAGAGCUGCCUGGGGACAGCCGGUCACCGAGUGGUCACGUGGCCUCAAGCCUUCGGACGUGGGUCCCCUCAAACAGGGAUGGAGUCUGGCGAGGACUAGUGUUACAGGUGGGAGAAGGCCCAUAGCCCUCUCUGUGGGAGCCUCCAGCGCCUUCGGAUGUGGGGGCAGCAGUGAGAAGGCGAAGCUCUCUCUGCAGGAUGUGGCUGAGCUGCUUCGGACCAGAGCCUGCAGGAGGGUCGUGGUCAUGGUGGGAGCUGGCAUCAGCACACCGAGUGGCAUCCCAGACUUUAGAUCCCCAGGGAGUGGUCUCUACAGCAACCUGCAGCAGUAUAACAUCCCAUACCCAGAGGCCAUUUUUGAACUUGACUUUUUCUUUCACAAUCCCAAGCCGUUUUUCACACUGGCCAAGGAGCUGUACCCUGGGCACUAUAAGCCUAAUGUCACCCACUUCUUCCUUCGACUGCUCCACGACAAGGAGCUGCUUCUGCGGCUCUACACACAGAACAUCGAUGGGCUUGAGAGAGCGUCUGGUAUUCCCGCCUCAAAGCUGGUUGAAGCUCAUGGGACCUUUGCAUCAGCUACAUGCACAGUCUGUCGAAGGUCCUUCCCGGGGGAGGACUUCUGGACCGAUGUGAUGGCAGACAGGGUGCCUCACUGCUCUGUCUGUACUGGCAUUGUGAAACCUGACAUCGUGUUCUUUGGGGAGCCGCUGCCUGCAAGGUUCUUACUACAUGUGGCCGAUUUCCCCAUGGCAGAUCUGCUGCUCAUUCUUGGGACCUCCCUGGAGGUACCAGCGGCUGUGAAGCUCAGUGUCCUGUUGGUACAUGGACACCCUGCCCUUCACACCCUGUCUUUCAGGUGGAGCCUUUUGCUAGCUUGUCUGAAGCAGUACAGAAGUCGGUGCCCCGACUGCUCAUCAACCGAGACUUGGUGGGUCCCUUUGCUUGGAGUCCUCGCAGCAAGGAUGUGGCCCAGCUGGGUGACGUUGUUGAGAGUGUGGAAAGGCUGGUGGACCUCCUGGGCUGGACACAAGAGCUACAGGAUCUCAUCCAGCGGGAGACUGGGAAGCCGGAUGGACAGGACAGAUAAAACUAUUGUCACCCGUGGGAAAGUCACACAGCAGGUCCUCUCCAGGGAUACGUGCCUGAAAACAGCUCGGACAGGUUUACAAAUCUGGGCCAAACCGCGUGUGACCUGGGUAACGGUCUUCUGAGGCUGCCUUCGGAAAGACUGCCCAGGAUGCUCACCCUGGGGCCAUGCCAUCACACUGCAGAGGAGCUCCAUGUGUCCCACCACUGCUGAAGCCUGCAAUGCAGAGUGCGCCUUUCUGGCAGUGGGCAGCACGGCAUGUCCAUCCAUCGCCAGACCAGGGAUAUACUAGGGUAAUCUAGCAUUCCCAUCUCUACAGAGGCAUCUUUAACAACAACAACAAAAAAAAUCAUUUCUCGCAUGAAAUAAAUUUUAGUAUACAA